CAUGUGACAAACGAGACUCUCGUAACAUCCUCCCUCCCUUUCUAACAAAUCUUUCUUACCCUACAGCGCCCUCUCGUGACACGUUCUCUUUUCAAUCAAGCCGCCAUCAUGGGUAAGCCCAGAGGUUUGAGAACUGCACGAAAGCUAAAGAAUCAUCGCCGUAAACAGAGAUGGCACGAUAAUGACUACAAAAAGGCAAAUUUGGGUACCAGAUACAAGGCCAAUCCUUUUGGCGGUUCUUCCCAUGCUAAGGGAAUCGUUUUAGAAAAAGUUGGUGUUGAAGCCAAACAGCCUAACUCAGCCAUCAGAAAAUGUGUGAGAGUACAGCUCAUAAAGAAUGGUAAAAAGAUCACAGCCUUCGUACCUAAUGAUGGUUGUUUAAAUUUCAUUGAGGAAAACGAUGAAGUUUUGGUAGCUGGUUUUGGUCGAAAGGGUCAUGCCGUUGGUGAUAUUCCUGGUGUCCGUUUUAAGAUUGUGAAAGUAGCUAAUGUAUCAUUAUUGGCUCUUUUUAAAGGAAAGAAGGAGAGACCCAGAUCAUAGACAAUUUUAUUUCAUAAAUGAAUAAACAAAAAUUACUUUAAAAAAAAAA